AUGGCUUAUCCGCCCAUACACCACCACCCAGGCACUGCCACCUCCAUCACCACGCCCACUUCCUCCGAAGCUGAAAUUCGUCCCUGCAUCGCAGAGCUCCUGCGCACGGGCUAUCACCCCUCAGAACUAAUCCUGCGCGUCGAACGUGUCAUUGAAGUCUUGUUUACUCCAAGCCCUGGCCAUGCCACUGGCACCACCACCACAACUACCGCCGCCGUUGCCGUUGCCGUUGCCGCAUCCGCAUCCGCAUCCGCAAGACCGAAUCGCAGGUCAUACCGCGUAUUCCUCAGCGAUGGGGAGUUCGUUAUCCAGGCGCUGUUGGCCAAGGCUCUUCAUCGCUUUGCGUUGGCAGGAGAGGUAGCUGUGGGUUCUGUGAUGAGGUUGGAGCGGUUUGAGCUUAGGAAGGGGGAGCGAAUUGGUGGUAGCGAUGGUGCCGACGGCGCGGGACAGGUGAUGUUUCUCGCUGUUGAGGGUUUUCGAUGUCUGACUAAGAAGGGUGUUGGGGAGAGGGGAACAAGGGUGCUGGAGAGGGGUGAUGUCGAGGUGCGGGUGGGUGAGCAGAAGAGGAAAAAGGGUGAUCAGGGUAAUGAGGACGGUGGUGGUGGUGGUGGUGGCACUGGGCGUGGAGCGAAAGCGCCUAGGAUUAGUGAUGCGGACGGUGCAGCGGAUAUUAGUGGUGAUUGGGAAGAUGGCUUCUUGGUGGAGGACAGUAUUUCCGAUUGUUUAUCUGGAAACUUGAAUGGUAUAUUCGAUUCUGGAAGUCAGAUGUUCGAAGACUAUGCGGAUUCUGGAAAUAUACACAAUGCUACGAAAGAUGCCAAAGGGCACCCCGGAGUUCGGCCAGGAUCCUCAACCUCAAUGCAGGAGCAGGAGAGAUCCGCCCAUUUAGAGGAGCUUUCAACUGCAAACAUUAGCUUCUCAAAUUCGCCGCUACAACCAGAGCCACCCGAAACCAUCAAACAAGAACCUUCCUCCUCCUCGCACACGGCCACUCAAAAUCUCAAUACACAAAAUAAAAACAACACAUCCACACAGUUAGGAACAGCGACGCACAGCCAGUUCAAACUCCCCGGCAUCCUAGAGCCGGUAUCUCGUCCCCUAAACCUCCACACACUCUCCCAACUCCUCCACCCAGCCAAGCCGCUACCAAAACGCAACUACCUCUGCGAUGUACUUGCGGUGAUAUCCUGGAUAUCGCCAGACAUCGUCAAGCGCCCACAGAUGCCGCCGAAGCGCGAUUUGCGCAUCAUGGAUCCGACGAUAACCAGCCACAAGAACAAUCUCAACCACGCGCUGCAGCAGCGAUUGGGUGUAUCUGUUAGCGUAUUUGUUGAUGCGGCGGCUUUUAGCCCGCCGGUGGGGACAGUGGGCCUUUUCCGCUGUCUAAAGACGCACGAGUGGGAAGGGGUGAGCUUGAAUGCGUAUGAGAAGGAUUGUAAGGGGCGAGAAUGGUUUGUGUGUGAGCCGGGCAGGUUGAGGAGGAUGUUGGCAGUGGUGAAGAAGGGGGAGGGCGUUUUUGAUGUUGAGGAGAUGGAGGAGUGGUGGAGGACCCGGUGUCAGGAGGAGAAGAAGAAAGAAGAGGAGGAGGAAGAGCCGGGGAGGGGAAAUGGGCGAGAUGGGCGAGAUUGGAUGGAGUCUCAAGGUACAUACUAG